AUGGGGAGUAAACGAGUUGCUGCCCUUCGACGCUUGGAAGCACACAACGCCAGUCCAGGGGAAUCUAAUCGUCGCGAGAGAGAGUCACAUAGUUCCCGCCAUACUCAUAGUCAACAUGAGUCAGCUCGUUCACCUUCGAAUAGUCGUGAUCGCGAGGACCGUUUAACGUCAAAGAGACGCUCGGAAGAAAGACCACGGUCACAAGAAAGUCGGGACGAAGCGCCUAGUUGGGCAAAGGAAUUGCUGGCCCUAAAUAAGGAUACUGAUCGCCGCCUAAAAUCGCUUGAAGGCGAGGUCAAAGAAAACGGGAAACGUGUUAGUCGAAAGCGGGAACGCUCGCCAGUUCCAGAUUUUAAAUACAAGCGAAAUCGCACACAAUACGAGUUCAACAGUAAGGUAUUAAAUACGAUUGAAACUGCGCUCGAGGCGUCAGACGAUGAGGAACGCGAUCAAGCUUUAACCGAAGGUAAGACUCUUAUUUGUGAAAGGAAUAAGCACAUAAAAUUAGCAGAGAAAUUCGGGUGGGAAACGGUAGAGUGCUAUGUUGACGAGCCCUUAGCGAGCGAUUCGGAGGACGAGAAACGCAUACGGCGCGCUAUAAAAGAGGGUAAGGCGUUGAAAGAGGAGAAAAGAAAGUCCCUGAAGUUUACAAAAACUUCGUCUACGGCUUCACGCGUUUUCUCGACCGACGCGAAUCGAACGGAAUCGAGUAAUCGUAUUAUUCUGAAGAAAUCAGGCGGUACAAGUUUCGCACGUGACGGGAAUUGUUUUCGCUGCGGGCGUCCAGGACACCUUGCCCGGUUUUGUAAAAACAACAUCGGAAGUCCAAACCCAGCUAAAAACAAUUAGUAGGGAUGUAUCCCCGGAAACAGACAGUCAUAUUAACAGUAAUAGCAAUUUUAAAAACGAUAUCGAUGAAUUACAGUUGGCUUGUUUAAAUAAACGUUUUGACAAUGACCAAUUGGUCGCUGACGUUAAAGGUCGCUUGAAAGCAAACAUUUCAUUCUGGGAAAACAUUGGGGCUUCAAAUUGGGUUUUGGGAAUUAUUCGUAAUGGUUAUGCACUACCGUUUGUGGAACAACCACACGCAGCUGAGUUCACUAAUCACAAAUCAGUUGCACGUAACGAGGCUUUUGUGACUGGUGAGCUGAAACGCUUAUUAAAAAUUGGAUGUAUAAGGGAAGUCUCGAAAAGUGAAGCAUGUAUUAUAUCGCCCCUUGGGGUGGUGUCUAACUCAGAUAAGAACCGGCUGAUUUUAGACUUGCGUUUUGUUAACAGUCUCCUAAAAUCCUAUCGUUUUAAAUAUGAGGAUUUACGAACUUUUAGAGAUAUAUUUCAAUCAGGUGACUGGUUCUUUAAAUUCGACUAUAAGUCUGGAUACCACCAUGUUGAUAUUCUCCCUCAACACCAGCAAUAUUUGGCAUUUGCAUGGGAUGAAGGACAUGCCAAGAGAUACUUUGUUUUUACUGUACUCCCAUUUGGUUUGGCUACAGCCCCUUAUGUUUUCACCAAAAUCCAAAAAGCUUUGGUAAAACAUUGGCGUGCACAAGGAAUUAGAAUUUUUACAUACUUGGAUGAUGGUAUUGGUGGGGGGCCGACAGAGGAAGUUUCAAGAAAAAUUUCAAGAAAAAUCCAAAGCGAUGUGGAAUGCAGCGGAUUCUUGUGGCACCCUGAUAAAAGUGUAUGGGAGCCAUCCCAGCAAGGGGAAAUACUAGGAUUUCUAGUCGACUUAAAGAAAGGGUAUUUCCGAGUACCAGAACGUAGAAUUAGGUGCUUACAACACAAGUUGAAGUACAUUGCACAGUCGUCUAAAUCUACAGCUCGAGAUAUAGCCCAAGUUACAGGGACAAUUGUGUCGAUGGGUUUAGCCUUGGGACCAGUCGCCCGCCUAUGGACAAGGGGGUUAUACAGAUUUAUCAUGCAAGCCAGCACCUGGUGGGAACAUAAUAAGUUAGAUGAGGAUGCUACAAGGGAAAUCGUCUUCUGGAAGGACAACUUUGAAAUAUGUCAUGGCCAACCAAUCUGGCUGGCCAACCCAAAACCAGAGAUCCUCACCUACUCUGAUGCAAGUAAUACCGGCUGGGGAGGCUACAGUGUUGAGCUGGGUGGUAGGAUUGCCAAGGGAAAUUGGUCACCAGAUGAAGAACUCAAAAGCUCGACAUGGAGGGAAUUACGGGCCACCCAUCUCCUAUUAGCAUCUUUCCUUCCAGAAAUCCAAGGAAAAGAUGUGCGGCAUAGGACCGAUAACAAGAAUGUGGAGUCAAUACUGCAGAUUGGUAGCCGAAAUCGAGAGCUGCAUGAUGAAGCAGUGGCACUAUACCAGCUGUGUCACCAAUUUGGUGUGCGCUUGCAGGCCGAGUGGAUUCCACGAGAAUUUAACAGCGAGGCUGACCAGCUGUCACGUGAAACAGACAUUGAUGACUAUAUGCUUAAUCCAACUUACUUUGCUGCAUUGGACAUAUUGUGGGGACCACACACAGUGGACAGAUUUUCUUCAUUUCGCACACGACAAGUCCCCAGAUUUUGCAGUCGAUAUCUCAAUCCAUUGACAGAGCAUGUGGACGCAUUUACAGUGAGUUGGUCAGGUGAGAUUAACUGGAUUUUCCCACCCCCAUAUCUUAUUCCAAAAGUUCUCCAACACAUGAAGUAUGGGGGCGAAGAUGGUACCUUGAUUGUUCCCCUUUGGUCCUCUGCCCCUUGGUGGCCACUUCUAACCACUGAUGGUCACUAUCCUCAACCUUGGAUCCUUGACUGGAUGGACCUCCCUCUUAGGGACGACAUGUUUAUCCCCGCAGUGGCUGAGAGUUGCCUAUUUGGGUUCGGAAUACCAUCAUACCGGGUAUUAGCUCUAAAGAUCUGUUUCAGUCAAUCCAUCUUGAUUAAAGAUUAUGCCGACAUUCGACCUUUUUUGUAA